AUGCAACAUGACACGCACAUGUAGAACCCAGGUCCAGCCAGCCACCUUACAGCCCCGCAGCGGGGCUGGUGUGUGGCCUGUAUGGCCCGCGGCUGACGAAGUCCUCCGAAAACGCGCUGGCCCUCCGUGGCCCUCUGGCGGCCGCCGCGCGCUGCGCACGACUCGCCACUUGAAACGCGUUGUGCUUCAUCAGCUCGACGGACAGGAGCUGGCUCCAGUGGUUGACGAUGCUCUCUCGGAAAGCUGUGUCCUCCUCCAUGGGAAUGGAUGUGGGGCGAGGCUUUCGUUCGGCGAGCAUCUUGAGAAAAUCCAUGGUCUUGAUAAAUACUUGGUUGGUACACGAUUUAACUGAUCUGUAUGGGAUGGAAUGUUGGGAACAUUUAAAAGUGACAGUGUCACAGCGUCUGUAUAUGCGUUUAAUACGGUUGUGGUCAUGUUACGCCCAUAACAAAGUAUUACUCACCUGGCCGUCUGAGAAUUGGCACCCAGCUGAACCCCUACGGCGACAACCUUCUCUGGCGGCGCGACCUGCUGUGCGAGGAGUGGCGGCGCACAGCAGCUGUCAGGCUGGUCAAAAGGCUGUCAUUGUGCCUUCAAGACU